GUGGUUUCAACAAGGCUUGGAGCCAAGAAUGAUUCUCUGCUCGAUUAAAGGCACUGACCAAGAGGGCUUGCGUCGAACCAUGCCCAUAUAAGAGACUGGUGAGUGGACAUCACAUCGUCAAGCAUGAGUUGCGUCGCGAUGAGCAUGCCUUGGCGUCCACGUUGUUCCUGAUGCCUCAUCGCGAGUGCCCUCGUCGAUGUUUCCUGCCAUGAGAAGUUAUUGUUAUGUCGUAUAAAGACGUGCGUAGUCCGUCUUAUCUUGUGAGGGCAUGAGGAACAGCAUAGACAAUCUCCACGGCCAGCACAUCUCCAUAUACCCCAGGCGUAUCCUGAAUCACCCUCCGUACCCGGAGAUAUUCCAUCAAACAGCCCACGCAUCCACUCUGUCAAGACGACAUCCGGGGUCUUACAGCCAUACUGUCUUCAAACUAGAAAAGGAACAAAAAUGGCAGCAGCAUCAGCAAGCAAAGCUCCGGCAGCACGUCCGGCAAUACCUCUGGCGGAGGAUCCGGAGGCCAGGGCGGAGGCGCCAUCCAUGCCGCCGGUGGCGACUACUACACGUAUCGAUGCCGCCACGAGUUACUUCCAUCACCGGCAGUGCACAGACAUGGUCCAAAUCUGGGGCUUUGCAUGAGCUGCGUGUGCCGUAUACAAGAACCACAGGCUGUAGGGCACGGCGCGGGCGAAUUAAACCGCUGGCUUUGCGGAAGAGGUGGCGCUCCCAUGUGCAGCGUAACCGGCGAUGCCACAGCGAUAGGGUGUAUGUGCGGGAUCAUGAUGGAAGAUUCGAGAUAUAAGGUGCUACAUCGGGUUACAUUGAGACUCUUGGCAUUUGAGCCGCUUUUUUCUCGGUCCAUUUAAACCAUUGAACACAAGACAUACUCAUUAG